ACUAACUUGGUGUGAUCGGUUUUCAAACCAAAGAAUGGUGGGGCUGUAACUCUAUUCCAAUCCCAUGGCACCAUCAUCGCCUCCGCCGUCCGAUAAUUCCGACGCCGAGCGCCGACUACGCGAAGCGGAGGAGCGCCUCCGUGACGCCAUCGAGGAGCUCCAGCGGCGGCAGCGCCGGGCCGCCGCUCAUGCUCAGCACCACCUCCGCGUGGAAUCGCCUCCCUGCGAUCAUGGCCCCGACGAAUCAUGCGUCGCUCACGCCAUUGGCAACCUCUGUCAGACCUUCCUUCUCUCCUAUGGCGUCAGAGUCGGCAUUGGUAUACUUCUCCGCGCCUUCAAGCUCGUUCGGAGGCAGUCCUACUCCUCUCUCCUCGAUCUCAAGCAACUUGUUUCAGAGAAAGAUCUAAUAGUAAGGGAAGAAGCAUGCCGAAUUGGUUUACUUUUUGGUGGUUUCACUGGAUCUUAUCAUGCUCUUAGAUGUUUGUUGCGUAAAUUGAGAAAGAAAGAGACACCACUUAAUGCCAUUUUAGCAGGUUCAGUAGCUGGUUUCUCAAUUUUGGCGUUGAAUGAUUCAAAUAGGAGACGUACACUGGCUUUGUACCUGUUGGCUAGGCUGGCCCAGUGUGCUUAUAACUCUGCAAAGUCUAAGAACAAGUUUCACCUUUGGGGGAGUCAUUGGAGGCAUGGAGAUUCAUUGCUGUUUGCUAUUGCUUGUGCACAGGUUAUGUAUGCCUUUGUUAUGCGUCCAGAGAGCUUGCCAAAAUCCUAUCAAGACUUUAUUCAGAAUACUGGGCCAGUUGCAGAGCCUGUGUACAAGGCUGUGAGGGAUAGUUGUAGAGGUCAUCCAGUUGAUGUUACUUCACUACAUACCUACUUAUCUCAUGUAGGAAGGUCUGACUAUGUAAAGUUGGAAGGAUUUCCCUCCAUUAUUCCAUGUUCCAUCAUUCAUCCUGAAACAAAUUCUUGUUUAGCCCAUCAAGUAAAGGCAACUUCAACAACGUUUAAGAAAACAUUCCCGCUUUACUUCUCUUUGACCUUUGUGCCUUUUGUUGUUCUGCACCUACAGAAGUUCACUGAUGCUCCUUUCCGUACUUUCUGGCUUGCCAUCAACGGAGGUGUUCGCUCGACGACAUUUUUGUCUGCUUUCGUUGGAAUCUUUCAGGCAGUCAUAUGUUUACAUAGAAAAGUUUUUUCAAGAGAUCACAAGCUGGUAUAUUGGAUAGCAGGUGGAAUAUCUGCCCUAUCUGUGCUACUGGAGAAAAAAGCUAAGCGUGGUGAGCUAGCUUUAUAUGUUCUUCCCAGAGCAGGAGAUUCUCUAUGGUAUAUCUUGGUGAACAGGCACCUCCUUCCAAAUAUCAGGAAUGCUGAGGAUUCUUACCUCGGAGUUAGACAACUUUUCUUGCACUGAAGCCAAAGUGAAUUGUUGCCUUUAAUAUUUUUUGUUAAAGAAUUAGUCUUCUUCCUCAUUGUAGGCCGGUUCUAUGCCAACUGUAUUGUGCAUCACUUAGAUAUUGGACAUCCUGCAAAGAUAUAGUAAUUACAUGAAUAAGAGCUAAUUCACUUCAAGUGUUUUCUCCCGUUGAAACGGGAGGGCUGGCAAAAAAAAAAUGUUUUGUGAAAGGUGAUAUCCAUAGAACAGUUGUACCCCUUUUUGUUAAGAGGGAUAACCAAUAAAGACAUAUUUAAGUGUUCUAGGAUCUAAUUUACUGUGACUAGAAUUAUAAGAGUGACAAAAACAGCCCAUCUAAAUAUCCAAGAUAGACUUGACACGAAACGAGAAGAGGGAACAAAAGAGAAUAUAAACUCAAUAGGAAUAAUGUCAUUAAAGACACAAAUGUGUAACCUAUUGAUGAGGUAUGUGACCAUUAACCCAACUUCUCCCUCAUAGCUUUUGGGAACGUACAUGUAGAAAAAGAAGGCUCUAACUACUUCUAGAAGAUGACAAUUCUUCCUUUUUGCAACCCCAUAUUGUUGUGGAAUGUUAACACGUGUUAGUUCAUGAAUAAUACUUUUAUGAGACAAAAAUUUGGAGAAUUCAUGAUUCACAUAUUCAGCGCUAUUAUCAAAUCUAGUUCUUUUUUUUUUCCAAAUUGAAUUUAGACAAGAUGAAGAAAAUUAACAGAGAUUUGAAAUAACACAUAUUUACUUUUCAUAUGUGAGGCAUGUAUAAUCAUGAAUAAAAGUAUCAUACCGUUUUAUUCCAGAAAUAGAUUCUAAAAUAGGUCCUCAAACAUUAGAGUAGUUAAAAUCAAAUGAGAAAUUACUCUUUAUAUUACUAAUAAAAUAAGAUGCACGGUGAUGCUUUGACAAUUGCUAUAUAACAAUUAAAAUACUCAAGAGACUUUUUGGUAAACAAAGGAGUGAACACAGAUUUGAUAAGGUUGAAUGAGGGAUGCCCAAGUCUUCUAUGAUGAAGCCAUAUUUGGAAAGUACCCAUGAUUCUGAUGUUGCAUGAUGACUUAUGACCUCCUUUGUUUUGGACACUAACCUAUAGAUUCUAGUAUGCUCCUUAGCAAUUAAAAUUGUCUUCCUUGUGCUAGGGUAUUGAGAUACAAAGUAACGAGAGAAAGUUAAUAGUUCAAAUAGUUGUCUACAGAGAUAAGACUAUUUGUGGGACAUAUGAAAUAUCCUUCAUGUACCUUGUUCCUUCUUAAUGGCCUUAGAAAACAAGCUGAAAAUCUUAAGUGGUAUGAUUUUCUUCAUCUACUUGAUCUUUGCUUCUCGAGGAGACAAAAUUGGGUCAACUCGAGCAACCUCAACAAAUGAACCUCUGACCACAGUUUCUAAUUUACUCUUCCAAACUUUUCUUGGCAAGUCUUGAUUUGAGGAUCAACAGAUUUUGAAUCAAGUCUUUUACAAUUACUGGAAGACGUUUAUGAGAAGUAACAAGAAAAGGAAGUGCCAUGGAUUGCAAGCAAGGAGAAAGAAGGUUUCUUGAAGUACAUGACAUGACUCACCAAUCACAUCUCCUUGUCCAGUUUUCUGUUAACUUCUCAAAUUGCAAUGAGUUAACUCUUUUCUGGUCUGUUUUUCUAGCAUUUUUCGAAAAUACUUUCUUGUAUUCUUGUAACAGCCGUACGCUGUUUGAGAAAAAAAUUAGUUUUUACUGAUAGAUGUUUUUUGACCUUCAAUAUAUCCAUGCAGUUAGUGAAUGUGAUCAGUUUGAAAACAAUGCCUCCCACCAUUGCCGCUCAUUUAUUGUCUUCUUCAUUUCAUAGUUAAUCAUGUUCAUCAUUCUUGUUUUCAUUUUUCUUAAGGGUUUAAGGUUCUUCAUGGUUUAGGAAUUGCGACAACUACAGAAAUUGUUUCAUUUCAUGCUUU